UCUAAAGAAAUUCUAGGUUUCACAAAAUUAAAAGUCUGUUCUCGAUCCAACACACGAAGCACGAAAUGCGGUGCACGGCAGCCUUUCUGUCCCUCUCCAUUCAGACGUUCUAUACCACUGAAUCCCUGCUUCAUCGUCGCCGUGCUUGCCAUUUCAGUCGCCACUGGCUUACUCCAUCACCUCUUACUCACUCUAGCAGCUGUUCACCCCUCGCGCCAUACCAGUUCACGGCUUGACGCCCAAAUGCGCGCGUACCUCCGCGCCUCGGCCAUCGCCACCGCACCCGCGCUUGCUCCCGCCGCCGUCUCCACCCCCGGCGCAGCGGGCGGCGUGGGCCUCGGCUACGGCAUCGCCAUCGCGGUGGGCGUCCUCGUGCUCGUCUCCACCGUCACGCUCGCCUCCUACCUCUGCGUCCUCACCAAGGCCGGCGCCGCGCACGCCGCCACCCUCCUCGCCGCCGCCGCCGCGGCCCCACCCUACGCCGGCGCAGCGGCCGUCGUGCCGGGCCUCGACGGCGGCGCCAUCGACGCGCUGUACCCCAAGUACCUGCACGCCGUCUCCGGUCAAGAUGGCGACGACGGCCCGUGCGCCAUCUGCCUCGGCGAGUUCGCGCGCGGCGACGCGCUGCGGCGCGGUCCGGGGUGCGGCCACGGCUUCCACUCGUGCUGCGCCGAGCGGUGGCUCCGGGUGAGCGCCACCUGCCCCGUGUGCCGCGACUCGCCCGUGCCGUCGCCCGUCGCCACCCCGCUCGCGGAGGCCGUGCCCCUCGCCGCGCACGCGCGGUGA